CCUCAUGCAGGUUUCAGGAAGCGGAAGCAGGAAUGUUGGUGUGUUUUCAGAAAAAGUUUGGACAAGUUUGACAGUUCGGGAGCAGAGACAUAAACCGCGGGGAAACAUGACGGUGUUUUACCUGUUGCUAAUGUUUCUGUAGAGUCCUCAGUCUCCUCUGACUGACUGACCUCGACCAGACACACGCACACGCACACAGGUAGACAUGGAGAGUGGACCUCUGGGAAUGGACACCAACAUUGCUCCAGGUCCCCGAGUGCAGUCAAACUGCAGCUUAGCCUUUCUGCGGCGUCAGGCCUGGGCCCAGAGCAAAGACUCCACCUGGCAAGAAUCAGAAGCAGGGAGCGGUGGCCCCCAGGGGCCCCAAGAGAACCACGGGGUCGGUGAAGAACAAAGACCCUCCGAAGAACCAGGCCGAGUUCCUAACGACAUCACCAGCUGGCUGAUUGAAUGCAGGACUCCCCUUGGAGCCUCUCUCGAUGAUCAGAGUGCUUCACCCAGCAGAGGAGUGCUGAAGAACGGCUGCAGCUUUGAAGAUGACCUUUCACUGGGAGCUGAAGCCAACCAUCUUCAGUCCAGUAACAGCAAAGCGGAAUCCUGCUUUGGACUUGCGGCGGAUCAGAAGAGGAGUCAGUAUAAAGAGAGAGCAAGAAGUAUGAACUCCACAGGAUCAGGGAAGAGCAGCACUGUUUCCAGUGUCUCAGAGCUGCUAGACCUGUAUGAGGAGGACCCCGAGGAAAUCCUCCUAAAUCUCGGUUUUGGUCGAGAAGAACCUGACUUAGCCUCGAAGGUUCCCUCCAGGUUCUUCAGCAACUUCUCUACGGCGCGAGGCAUCGACAUCAAGGUCUACCUGGGAGCUCAGCUGCAGCGCAUGGAAGUGGAGAACCCCAACUACGCUCUGACUAGUCGUUUCCGUCAGAUCGAAGUCUUGACUACAGUAGCUAACGAGUUCUUUAAUCUCUACAGUCAAGUUUCUGGUCAGCCUGUCCAAUGCAUCAGCUCCAAGGAUCCAGGGGGAGAAGGAGGGGACAAUGACUCGGCUACUCCUCCUCCUCGGAGGAGAAAUGUCGCCAAACUGCUCAAGAAAAUCACAAAGCACAACCUGCUCGCGGCCGCCACAGUGUCCCUUGAAGAACACACACCUGACCAACAAACGCAGAUGAACGGACACGCCACCUCUGAUCAAACUAACACCAACGCUCACACACACGUCGCUCCUGAACAGGAAGGCUGCAGUAUCGACCCCGACCACCAGGCAGAGACAGUCAACCAGAACCACAUGCGCAAGAAAGACAGCUGUCACCUGGCGACAGUCGCCGAGGAAACCAACGCGGAUGGAGACGACAGUUCUGAACAGAGCAGAACCGGACCAGCAUCCAAUGGAGAGCAUCAACCAGAGUCCGCUGACUCUCAGUCACCCAAUGGGAGAACAGAGGAAGGAACCCAGAUGGUCAAAGAGGAGCAGGUGGAGGAGAAGAUCCUGACCUCUACCCCAGAGAAAGCUCCUCCCACCUUGGCCCCGCUCCAGCUGGCACAGCUUCGCAUAGAAAAGACAGACUCUUUCGACAUGGAGGAGAUUCAGAGUAACGAAGAUGAGGCUUUGCCUCUCAGAACUUCCAGAGGCACCGACCUGUUGAGGACUGCCAGUCAGCAGUCAGACAGCAGUGGUUUUGCUGAGGAGCCCUCCGCUGACUCCAACAGCUACCUCAAGGUGCAGGAGAGCAGUGACAGCUGUGACAGCGAGACCACUGUGACAUCACACCCUUCACUAGAUGUGGCCACGCCCCUCGCAAUGGAUCAACCAGCGUUCGAGCUGCCGGACAGCCAAGAGGAAGAGGCGGAGCCUGCUGUCGCUGCUGAGGCCGAUGAGAGAAGUAGUUCCAGGGGAGAAGACAAGCAUGAUGGGAGUUCAGAGCAGGUACCGCAGUUCACAGCCCAAAACGGACCGAUGGGAACACAGCAGGGUGGAACCGGAGGGGAGGAGCAGGUUGAGGGUGGACACCAGACUGAUCCAGAUCCAGAACAAGAGACUUUCCAGAGUAUGUUUGCUGUAGAACAAGAACCACAAUCGGAAUUAGUACACACUCAGAAUCGGACUGCUUCGGAACAAGAAUCAGAACACACUCAGAACCCCACCGAGACCGCCACAGACAUAAAACCACCCACAGAGGUGGGUGCUGACGACGAAGCCCAAGAAGAGAAUGCAUUCUUGUCUGAUUCCGAUUCACUUUGUCCUACUCCUGGUCCUUCGUCUCCAGUUCUCAAUGCUCUGAACCGAGCCAAACAGAAAGAGCUAAGCUGGGGGGAGCAGUGGGCCAACCCCCAGUCUUUUGAUAUGCCCAAACUCCUAGGAGGACGACGAAGAAGACGUGGUAUUACUCUACAGAGGUCCUCCUCCCUGCCCUCCACGCUUCUAUCGCCCUCCAGGAUCGUGUCCUCUGUCAGGAUCCAGUUUGGUCAAGGCCAGGCAUCCUGCUCUAAGCCCAGGUACUCCUUCAAAUACACCUGUGAUGGUGAAGAUGAAGAAGAGGAGGAGGAAGGACAAAACAAUUGUUUAUCUACUCUGAUCAUAAACCCGGCCCCCUCGUCUUACUUUAACAACCAACCACCAAGGCUCCCCAGAGAAACUCCCAUCCCACCUAAACCCAUCCCGCGCUACUUAAUGCGGUCAACCUGUUCCCUGCAUAGCUGCAGCCCUCCUCCCGACGCCCACUUCUGGAGCACCCAGAGCGUUCCUGAUCUAUCCUCCAAUCGGCAUCAGCCGGGCAUGUUCCAACAGAACAUGAAGGCCAACCAAAACCAGCAAAGUUGGAAUCCAGGGCAGACGAGGUUCCGUUAUCCUGAUCCAACAGCUCAGUACGCAAACCCAAGCCCCAAUCCUGGCCCUAGUCUUAACCCCAGCCCAUACCCCUUUCCUCUGAACCCUACUCCGCAGUACUCAUCCCCUCCCCAUCCGUACGCCAGUCUUCCUAACCACCUUCACCACCACAACUUGACCCACCAUUCUAGUCUAGCCAGUCUCUACCAACCUACAACUCCUCCAGUCCCUCAGCAUGGCAGCCUCUCCAACUUGCAUCAGCCCUCAACUUCCACAUCUCCUCACCACUUCAAUCUGGGCCACUUGCAUCCAGGAACCCCACAAAUGCACCACCAGGCGUACAAUCAACAGUACGGCCAUCAGUCACCUUACCAUGCCACUCCUCACGGCUCACAGUUCGCAUCACCCUACCUUGGUAACCAAGUGUACAACAUGAAUCCACACCUGGCGUUUCCCUACCCCGUCACCCAGUAUCCGCCGUUGGCCCCAGAACACAGCCUCCACCCGGGGUUCACUCCUCCUCCUCCAGGCUUCUUCCCAGGCCCGGCUUCAACCCUUGGGCCGGGUCACAGCCUCCACCCGGGGUUCACUCCUCCUGCUCCAGGCUUCUUCCCAGGCCUGGCUUCAACCCUUGGGCCGGGUCACAGCCUCCACCCGGGGUUCACUCCUCCUGCUCCAGGCUACUUCCCAGGCCCGGCUUCAACCCUUGGGCCGGGUCACAGCCUCCACCCGGGGUUCACUCCUCCUGCUCCAGGCUUCCUCCCAGGCUUGGCCUCAAGCCACGGCCCGGGUCACAGCCUGUCCCCUGGGCUGGCUCCUCAGGCUGCUCCAAGUCCAGGACUCAACCAGGCCCCAUCCAGCACUGAGAUGCAGCUAAGGAGAGUUCUGCAUGACAUCAAAGGAGCGGUUCAGAGUCUGAGCCAGAAACAAGCCGACACUCCUGAGGCUUUCAGUGAGCACAGAGCAGCUCUGCUCAACCACCAGUCUUUGGCGGAGAUUUACCAGAAGAGGCAGAGUCUGAACUUGUUCCGCUGUCAGAUGACGGAUCUGGAGAAGUCAAUCAUCCGACAGCAGGCCCUGGUCUACAAACACCUGAGCCCUGCUGACAGGAUGGAGGUGGAGCAGCUUCAGUCUCUGAGGUCAUCGGUCAGAGAGGAGCUGCAGGAGCUGGAACAACAGCUGGAAGACAGACUGAUGGAGCUUACACAGCACACACACCACAGGGGUCUCCGUAGCGACCGCAGUUUCGACAGUCUGUCCACCACCUCUGCGCUGAGAGCCAUGGAGCCGGUGUCAGACCUCCUCAGAGAGCAGCUCCUCCUCCAAUCAGAGCUCAGCUACGGCAGUCACACCCCCUCCACCGAACCGUCCUCCCGAACCUCCACUCCAGUCGCAGGAGAAGGCGAGCAGAAAGGAGGCGUGUACCGGGCAUCAAUUAACAUAAACCCUGUCCCCGCUCCUCGACCCAACACACACACUGAGGAAGAGGAGAGGGAAGAGGGAGAGAGUGAGGGGGGAGGAGUACCAGAGGAGGAAGGAGCAGCAGGAGGAAUCAGAGUGGGGGACCUGCAGCAGCUCAUCAGAGAGAUUCGAGAGAGCGUGGCGCAGGAGGUCCGACAGGAGAUCUACAGCGAGCUGCUGGCUGUCGUGUCGCCAAGCCAAACACCCUUGCCCGGCAGGCAACACCCCCUUUAGUCACAGCAGAGCACCAACUUUUUCACAUCCUGCCUUCGUAACCACAGCCUGAGCAGCAACACUGUCUGUCUGUAACACUGUAUAGCUGAGUAACAAACACUGUCUGUGCGAACACUAUGUGUCUGUAACACUGUAUGUCUGUGACACUGGUGACCAACAUGUGAUAAACCCCGCCUCCAACACACCUGUGGAGGGCGGGGCCUCAGACAGGACUCGUGCACUUCUAUGGGUCUGUUUGUUGCUGGUGUGAUGCAUGCUGGGAACACCAGCUGUCCCUGUGAACCAUCAGUGGGGAUGUGUCAUCGUCACAUCCUGUUUCUAAGCUGUUUUGAUCAAACUACCACUACCACUUCCACUAAUACUACAAGUAGUACUGCUAAUAUUACUCUGCCAGUACUAGUCCCAAUCCUGUGAAUUUCUUUUCCCUACAAUCCCAGUCUGAGAUCAGAUCAGUGCGUAUUGAUGAUAGUGAUAGUAAUAAUGAUGAUAAUUAUAAAUCAGUAGCUUGUUACUUAAAAUAUAUUCAAUAAUUUGGCAGAGUUUAACCUUUUUAAAGCAACAUACAGGGGAAAAACUCCUUUAUGAAUGUUGUAAUUGCCUUAUUAAGGAUAUUUAAAUCUAAGCCCUCUUGCCUUUUAGUUUGAGUUUGCAUUCCUUAAACUUCAGUGAGCUUUUACUCAAAGUUAUUCAUUCCAUGAACAUUUCACCUUAAUGUUAAUGAUUUAAAUUUAAAGAUACACAGUUUAAGGUUUAUGCUUCUACAGCUGUCCACACUCCAUCAUUGCCAUCAUCAUCGUCAUUGAGCUUCUGCUCCUCUUGCCUCAUUCACCGUUGAAUCUGUCACUUUCCAUUGUUAUCCUGAUUUGUUGAGCUUGGCAAAACCUAUUCUGAACUGAAAGGGUUGAACAAGAUGUUGGACUGUCCCUUUAACACUCACAGUCUCUACUUUGUGUGUGUGCUGUGUGUUGGUUGUUACAGAGCAGGUGAUGAGGUUAGCGUGUUAUAUCAUUAGGUACUGCAGAGGUCAACGGUCACUCUGCAGCAGCAGGUUUCAGUAAGUUGUCAUGGCCACAGUGAUGAUGAUGUUUAUGAUGAUGACGACGCAGAGCCUGGUCAGCAGAACAUUUAUUGGUGGAGCAGGCAAAGUAGCCCAAACCGUAGCUGCAUUAGGAUGUUAGCCGCAUUAGUGUGUUCACUUCCGACUGUCCGAUGACAAAUCUGUGCAAUAAUAUGAACGUAUUGAUUGAUUACUGAGACUAUUGUAUCAGUAAAUCACCGCUAACACUGCAGGUCACUCUGCUCCACUGCAGCACAAUUCAUACAAACUUAUCUGCAGAUGUUCCUGCUUUUUGUACAGAAUCCACAGAAGUGAUUGAUCACUGAACAAUGAAUUACUAAUGACCAUUUACUCAACAUCAGUUUUUCUUUAGCACUAAAGCCUGUGUGUAGUGUCUGCAUGGUGCCUCGCAGGUUUCCAGAGACACCAUCAGGGGCUGAAAACUGAAGAUCUUGGGAGUAGCUGAGGCAACACAAGCACUCUGUACCGACCACAGCACAGUCAAUAUCAAACAAACGCGCUAAAUACCUCCUCUUCUUUCUUUCUUUUUUUAAAAUCUUCUUCUGCACAGACUCAUAUUAGUAUUUAAAUUAAAUACUGAGAGAUGAACUAUUGGGAAACAAUUUAUUGAUUGUGUUUUUUUGUCGUUGUUCGGUUUUGAUGUUUGGAACAAUAGAUGGUGAAGAGAUUCUGAGCUCGACGGUAAUGAGUCUGAACUUCAAACCUUUAUUCUCAUCAACAUUUAUUGCCUUUGUAUUUGUUUAAAACUUUUCUUUGUUUUUAUGAUCACAGACUUUGCUGGACCAACAUCCACAGUGUAAUGUGUUUUUUAUAAUUUUUGAACUGAUCAAGAAAAUCCUUCCCACACUUCUAAUUUGACCUUUCUGUCUGACUAUUGGUGUCUAAUCAUUUCUAUUGAUGUGUAUUAAUGAUGAUGUGUACUUUUUAUUGAUGUCUUCUCAGCGGGAUGCAGGGGAGAGAUCACUCUGUAGAAAUAGAGGAUAAUAAAGAUGUAUUUAUUUUCAGUACA